AUUCGCACCCAGCGGGAAACUUAUCACGAAGCAACGCAUUGGGUUAUUUUGUAUUGAGUCAAACUGACAUUGUUAGAUGGUAAUAAUAGUGCAGGAAACUGACUUAUUUUGAACACACUUUCACAAGGCUCCAAAUAUAUAUAUUCAGUAUGGUUUCUGUUGAUGUAUGCUUUGAUGAAACCCGCGUAUUCAACACAUGCGGAGUUCGGGUUGUCAGCAUCAUGACGUGUCUCUGAAGAUUCAACUAUCGUACAGGAAUGUUGCUACUUGUGAGAAGGUCAUGUCCACAUGCAGCAAUAGUUCUUGUCUUGUUCCUAUUCUGCUUGAGGAUGCCGUUCAUUAAAGCUGAUCUCUUCUGUGAAGAAGUCGUCGAAUUAGGCGCCCCUGCAAAUCUGACAUGUAAUAUUAUGCAUGUCAGUAACGCCCAUUCCUACUCAACACCUCGUGGAAAUACUGCUGCUUCGUGUGACCUAUCAGAUGGAAAGUGUAUACAACUUGGUGACUUCAGCGCAUCUGUCAUCAACACCACAUGCAGUGUCCUGUCUAUACCCACUGUGCUGCAGUCACAUGGUGGGAAAUGGACAUGUAGUGUAGAUGCAAAUCAAGCUAACCAUGACACUUGUCACAUGACUGUUGCAAAGGCUCCUUCAUGUAACAUAACAUCAGACCAGAACACCAGUGGUCUAAGUGGCGAUGACGUCCUUGUGCGGACAGUGGUUACAGGCUAUUACUGUUCUCAAGUGACCCACCUUCAACUUCUGACCGGACGCACCGCAAGAAAUCUGAUGGAUACAACUGUCACUGACAUAACUGAUGAUGUGUUUGUCACUUCCGUCAGUGUAACAGAGCUAAUCUUUGCUGAUGUGAAGCUUAGGUUUACCUGUGGCACUCGGACCUGGGAUGUUUCUUGUGAUGGAGCAGAACACCUUCUCAAACGUGCCUCCGGUGUUGAAACAUCUGCAACCACUGCAAGUACAGACACCAACCUCAGUGCUGAGGCUACAACCAUUGUUGUCAGAAUUUCCUUUCUGAUACUCCUCCUGAUUAUCAUGUACACUGUGUGAGCUAUCUGUGGAGGGCGACAACACCCAUUAAAAGAUGUUGGUCCUCCUGAGAUGCCUGGAGGGCAAGCCAGGGUGAACAUGCUUAACCUGAAUUAGGUUAACUGUCAGAACAUCGUUGCGUGGACACACCUGCAGGGACAGAUGAGCCUGAUGUUGACAAGGAGCUGUAUGCAGUUUUGAAUAAAAACAAAGCCGAACCCCGACCUGAACUUCCCUGUGCAGCAGUUACAGCAGAGUGAAAGGUAGACCCAAAACACAUACUACGACGAAGAUUUAUUUAGAUAAUAAUUAUAUUUCAAAAAUACUUUUGAUGAAGUAGGAUUUUUACAGUUCAGAAACUGAAUGAAUUAUGUGUGUUGUUUUAGAUGAACAAUUGACUUGCCUUUGCAUGUGUUCGUGACGGAUGGUUCGUGACAGUAUGCGCUCAUCUUUUCGUGUACAUCUGGUGUCAUUAUUAUUUUGAUAGUGAUACAUAAACACAUGCUCAUGAAAUAGUCGGAACCGUAUGGUAAGGGUUUUACUGUGAAUCAGUCCUGCUCUUUUAUUUCAGAACACACGGUAAUAAGAUUUGUUUAUGAACAACUUUCUAGUUUUUCGAGGAUGUUCCUUUUACAUGCACUAGGCUGAUAUAAAUCUAGCGGAAGGAUCCAUUUAAUUGUGUAUAAAUGUUUAUUUCAUUCAAAUAAAUAAUGGAUGAUAGUAUGUGUUUAUGCAUAUUUUCAGUCUCACAAUGAUUUAGAAUGCAUGGCGACACGAAUACCGUAUUUGAUUGUUGUAGAAGACUGUGACGUCAUACGUUAUUCAAUGACGGCGCAGGUCAAAUCAGCUGUUAAGCAUAUCCUACUGUUGUAUACGAAAGGUUUCAGGUUUGUUGAUGUAAUUGGGGAGCUGAUAUGUUGCAGGAUAAUAAUUCUUUUUUCACACAGGACGUCACGUUUAUCCUUUGUUUGUAUCAGUGUGCCCAUACCUGUCAGGCUGCUUCUACCACUCUGUGUUGUCAUCUAAGUCGACAUCUCUGUAUGGAUGAAAUGAUGAUAUGUUAACUCAGCAUUCAAAAUGUUCCUUAAACCUGAAAACAUAUGUUUAUGGUCAUGUACAUACAUUAAUUGACUAUUCUCGCUGAAUGACUAUAACCAGAAUUAAACAUUAUUUACAAGGAAGUCGCCGGUCACAUGGUGAAACUUCAUAUUUCAAACAAUUCUCAAUGUGAACUUCUAGCUAUAAGGAAACUGGUCCAGAUGUGGAUUUUUGUCUUUUCUUUUCCUCAUUACCCGACACAAUUGCAAUGCAGUUGUGUCCAUAUUACACUCGUAUGACAAUGCCACUAUUCACAAAACAAUUAAAGAAGCACGUGCAUUGCCAUACACAUCAUAGCUCUUUUAAAGCGUAACUAUUGUUCCUCUGUUUGAACUUUUCUAACUGUGCCUCGUUUGGAUUCAUUGUGUUGAACAUAAUGUGUUGGCCUUGAGUCAAGUACAGUAAAGUACGUUUAUAACGAACACGCUUAUAACGAACUGACCUAUAUAACAAACUUAUUUUUUAGUCCCGACCAUUUGUUGUAUAAAUGCUGUAUAUAUGCCUAUAACGAACUACGGUUAUUACAAACUAAAAUAAGUGGUCCCUUUGAGUUCGUUAUAACCGUAGUUUACUGUAAUGUAAUUUUCGAACUGUCAGAGGAUGAAAAUUGGCUCAAUUAUUCGAACAGAUCAUGAACACAUCCCCCUGUUCAAUUGAUGAAUGACCACUUUCAAACAAAACAAUGGAAACAUAUUUUAGACACAAUCAGUGUCCUUUAUUAUAAGACGGGGAGGAAAGAAGACGGUACUCCGGGAAACAGUAAUACAUUUUCAGCAACUCUUUGAAGGUCGAACGACUUCAGCACAUCUCCAGCACAACUUUUAUUUCGUUUUCGAUGUAUUAUUUUUGCAUUUCCACAGUUAACAACGACACAACAUAUUGUCACAUUUCCACAGUUAACAACGACACAACAAAUUGUCACAUUUCCACAGUUAACAACGACACAACAUAUUUUCACAAUUAACAAGAACUCAACAUAUUGUCACAUUUUAAUAGUUAACGACACAACAUAUUUUCACAUUUUUACAGUUAACCACACAACAGAAUACACAUUUCCACAGUUAACAACGACACAACAUAUUGUCACAUUUCCACAGUUAACAACGACACAACAUAUUGUCACAUUUCCACAGUAAACGACACAACAUGUUGUCACAUUUUCACAGUUAACGACACAACAUAUUUUCACAUUUUCACAGUUAAAGACACAACAUAUUGUCACAUUUCCACAGUUAACGACACAACAUGUUGUCACAUUUUCACAGUUAACAACGACACAACAUAUUGUCACAUUUUUACAGUUAA